AUGUUGCACCCCAAACGCUCGAGGUCUAAGUUUGAAGGGGGCUGUAUUGUUGAGCUUGGGGUGGAUGACUACCCACCCCCAAAGUAUAAGAGUCGACUCGGAUGUCCGUUUGCGAAGUUCAAUCGUAAGCGAUAUGAACGGGUCAACACACCUUGUACAAGCAGGUGGGGCUUUAGCUCAAUCACUACUCUCAACGAACAUAUAAAAAGAUAUCAUUCAAGCAAGGAUGCUUGCAUUCGGUGUAAGGAGGGAAUUGAGGAACAAGACACAACUGGGGAUAUUGUAAAAUGUGAUCACUCCGAGGAACCAGAGAAAAUGACCGUCGACCAGGAAAGAAAGCAUAAAGAUUGGGCCAUUGGGCGGUCUAUGUCAGCAACCGACGCAGAAAAGUGGACUUGGAUAUUUGAAGCUCUUUUCCCAAACGCGACUGGGAAGCCGCUUCCGUGGUACGAUUAUCUUCGACCAAGUCACCGAGACGAUAUGUCAGUAAAUCAAACCGAAAACCCAAAAGUCAGCUCUACGGAUAAUAUGUCCAGCCUCGCGGGAUUAGAUCUCCUACUAUUCGACACCACGUCUCCUACGGACACGCGAAUAGCAAAACGACUUCGUGCUGACGAUAGCCAGUCUAUCAGUAGGAGGAUCACUGACUUCUCCAUCUCCACGGGGCCUGCUACCAGCGAUUCGGGGAUCUCGCUAUCCUUCGAUCCAGACAAGCUUCAUGGGGACCGCAUCACACCUCCUCCGUCUGACUGUGUGGACCCUGCGCUGCUGGGGUCUAGUACCUUGUUUUCCCUGCGCGAGCAACUAGAAUGGCAAAUUGGCAGCGGGGUGGCGAGCAAUCCCACGAGGAAUUAG